AAGGCUAUAAGAGGACCGUCCGGAAUUCGCCCCCGCACAAUUCGCCUCAACUCCCAGCACAGUGCGCGUCGUGUUGUUGCUCUUGCACGGGACGACGUCAACAUGCCGACGAUCCACCGCAAAUUGGUGUUUCUUGCAAUCUGUGCGGCGAUUCUCGCGUGCCAGACCGCGAGUGCAGCGCCCGGCGAACUGAAGGCGAAGGACGAGAAAGUGGAGAGCGGCGAACCUGAGGCGAAGGCGACCGAGGAGAAGGACGAGGUGCUGAAGAGCGCCGAGACGGCGCGAAUCGUCAAGCAGGUGAACCACGUGAACGAGGACAACUCGUACACGGUGGGCCACGAGGCGGAGGACGGCAGCUUCAAGAUCGAGACGCGGUCGGCCGACGGCCACGUCAAAGGCACGUUCGCGUUCGUCGACGCGGCCACGGGCGCGCUCAAGCGCUUCGUCUACUCGACGCGCCCCGAGGACGCCGCCCUCAUCAACCCCCCCGCCAUGACUAACCUUCCUACUCCGCCUGUUGCAGAAAACAAAAAGCGGCGCCAGCUGCGCUACCGCCGCCCCCAGGACUCCGAGAGCCCCGACGACCCCUCGCAGGCCCUCACCAUGCUGCUGAGGCGCAGCCGUCAGGGUUCGCGCACCGACGCCGACGAGCUCCUCCGCCUCCAGCAGCAACAACAGCAGUUCUACCAGCCGGGCGUCGACUCGGGUGACGUCUACGGCGCCGACGGACAACUUCGGCAACACCUGCUGCGUGGCAGAGUCCAGAGCGCCGUCCUGCGCCACCUGACGCCAGGGCAGCUCUCCGAACUGCACCAGUACGUCACCCCUGAGGCCAGACGCGCCCUGAACCCCUCCCUCAGGGCCCUGAUGAGCCCCGUCCUGGACUAUCUGUCCAACAGGGACGAGUACUACGACCCCUACCUCUCCUACUACCCUGGCCAGUACCAGAGACCUGCUGCAGCCUACAACCCCUACUACCCUUCGGCGGCCGCCCCUUACGAAGACUUGCGACUCGCCCUGAUCCAACGCAUGCUCUUGGCCGCCCGUCUCCUGGGGCUGGACAACUCGUUGCCCCUGGGGCGACUCAGCGGGGGUGGUUACGAAGGUGACCAGUACAGCGACCGGCUGGUGGGGCAGCGAUUCUACACGCAGCCUGACCCGCGCCUCUCAUCCUACAACCUUCGCUCCCUCCCCUACCAGCAGGCGCUGCAGUUGGCCCGCGAGACGCACGAACGCCAACUGGCCGCCUACCAGGCCUCCUACGCCACCAGACCGACCUACCCUGAGCCCAGUGCCACCCCCUUCGUGAUCCACACCCCCGACCCUGCCGGCGUCGAGUACGAGUACUCCACGGUGACCCCCGCCUCGGCCGUUCGCGCCACCUCAGCCCGGCCGAGUAACAUCCAGCGUGUGCGAAACGUGCAGGUCAUCACGGCGGCCACGGCCACCCCGUCCCCCUCCUCCACCACGGUGGCGCCCAGGAACCGGUACUGACUAAUGGCUCUCGGCCUGCUGCUUGUCGCUUGGGUCGCCGUCCAGUUGGCCGCUCCACCCACAUCCCUGUGCGCUUUUCGCAGGACCAAGUGGAGUCCCAACAAGCGACCCUGAGAGAUGACAUCGAUCCUUUCCCUCCCAAGGCUGCUAAUAAGUUAUUUCGCACACAUGUCCUUUGUUGUAAAAAUUUAAUUGAACAAAUAAAUCACCUGUUUUUAAUUUAAUA